GCGGAGGUGCCCGGGCCCAUUUCAGCGGCAGCGGCGGCAGGCGGCGGGAGCGGCGUCAUGGCCGGGCAGGCGUUGUGGGCCGCGUCCGUCGUGCUGUUGGCGGCGCUGCCCGCGGCGGUGCGGGCGGACACGCCGGCCAACUGCUCCUUCAACGAUCUGCUGGGAGCCUGGGAGCUCCGCGUCUGGCGGAGCGGCGGCCGCCACGGCAACUGCUCCCUGGCGGGUCCCGUGGAAAGAAAGGUUCUUGUGAAUCUUCAGAAGUUAGAUGUAGCUCAGGACAAUCUGGGCAACUAUGGUUUCUUCACUUUGAUUUACAAUCAAGGCUUUGAAAUUGUGAUAAAUGGCUACAAGUGGUUUGCAUUUUUUAAGUACAAAAAAGAAGGCCAGAAUGUAACCAGCUACUGUAAUGAGACUCUGCCAGGAUGGGUACAUGAUGUCCUUGGCCACAAUUGGGCUUGUUUCACUGGACAGAAGAUCACCUCUUCUCCCUCAGAUGUGCACAUAAAUGAACUACCUCUCCAGAAGCCCAGGGGAAGACUUUCAAGCAGACGUUACGUGCACAACUCGGCCUUUGUAAAUGCUAUCAAUGCUCACCAGAAGUCCUGGAGAGCAACAAGAUACAAAGAUUAUGAGAAUUUUGCCCUGGAAGACCUAACUAGAAGAGCUGGGGGUCUCUAUUCCAGAACUCCAAGACCAAAGCCUGCACCUCUAACGCCUGACUUACUAAAAAAAGUGUCAAGCUUGCCAGACUCUUGGGACUGGAGGAACGUGAAUGGUGUCAACUAUGUCAGCCCUGUUCGGAACCAAGGCUCCUGUGGCAGCUGUUACUCAUUUGCCUCCAUGGGCAUGCUGGAAGCGAGAAUACGUAUCCUUACAAACAACACUCAAAAACCAAUCUUCAGUCCCCAGCAGGUUGUGUCUUGCAGCCAGUAUUCUCAGGGUUGUGAUGGUGGCUUCCCAUACCUGACUGCUGGGAAGUAUGUUCAAGACUUUGGUGUGGUGGAGGAAGACUGCUUCCCUUACACAGGCCAGGAUUCUCCCUGCACUUUCAAGCGCAGCUGUUACCACUACUACACUUCUGAGUACCACUAUGUCGGGGGCUUCUACGGCGGCUGCAACGAGGCUCUGAUGAAACUGGAGCUCGUUCUGCAUGGGCCCAUGGCUGUUGCCUUUGAGGUUUAUGACGAUUUCAUGCUUUAUAAAGAGGGGAUUUACCAUCACACUGGACUGCGGGAUGAAUUCAAUCCUUUUGAGCUGACCAAUCAUGCCGUCCUGCUGGUGGGCUACGGUAGAGACCCGGCAAGCGGCGAGAAGUUCUGGAUUGUGAAGAACAGCUGGGGCGGCUCCUGGGGAGAAGACGGGUACUUCCGCAUCCGCCGCGGCGCCGACGAGUGCGCCAUCGAAAGCAUUGCGGUGGCUGCAACCCCCGUUCCCAGACUGUGA